AUGGAGCAAGAAAGUGACAAAGACCAACAAUUAAAAGCCUACCUUAAUAACGAUCAGAUUCAACGGGAGAUUGAAAGCUAUGAGAUAGAAAAUGCAAAACAACGAAAAGAUCAAGCUCACGAGACAAAGGCCCACCUUCGGUUAGGAUAUUCGUAUCAAUUGAACAAUCAGUUCCAAACUGCAAUUAAAUACUAUGAGCAAGCCUUGGAAAUCGCAAAAGAACGAAAAGAUCAAGAUCAGGAGACAACGGCAUAUAUUGGGUUAGGAGAUGCUUAUGAAUUGAACAAUCAGUUUCAAACGGCAAUUAAAUACUAUGAGCAAGCCUUGGAAAUUGCAAAAGAACGAAAAGAUCAACAUCAGGAAACAACGGCAUAUCUCGGGUUAGGAGUUGUUUAUAGAUUGAAGAAUCAGUUUCAAAGGGCAAUUAGAUACUAUGAGCAAGCCUUGGAAAUUUCAAGAGAACGAAAAGAUCAAGAUCAGGAAACAAUGGCAUACCUUGGGUUAGGACUUGUUUAUAGAUUGAUGAAUCAGUUUCAAGAAGCGAUUAAAUACUAUGAGCAAGCCUUGGAAAUUGCAAAAGAACGAAAAGAUCAAGCUCAGGAGACAACGGCGUACCUUGUGUUAGGGGAUGCUUAUGGGUUGAACAAUCAGUUUCAAACGGCAAUUAAAUACUACGAGCAAGCUUUGGAAAUCGCAAAAGAACGAAAAGAUCAAGAUCAUAAGACAACGGCAUAUCUUGGGUGAGGAGAUGCUUAUCGAUUGAACAAUCAGUUUCAAACGGCGAUUAAACACUAUGAGCAAGCCUUGGAAAUUGCAAAAGAACGAAAAGAUCAAGAUCAGGAGACAAAGGCAUACCUUGGAUUAGGAGAGGCUUAUAGACUAAAUAAUCAGUUUCAAACGGCAAUUAAAUACUUUGAGCAAGCCUUGGAAAUUGCAAAAGAACAAAAAGAUCAAGAUCAAGAGACAACGGCAUACCUUAAAUUAGGACUUGUUUAUAGAUCGAACAAUCAGUUUCAAACGGCAAUUAAACACUAUGAGCAAGCCUUGGAAAUUGCAAAAGAACGAAAAGAUCAAGAUCAAGAGACAAAGGCAUACCUUGGGUUAGGAGAGGCUUAUAGACUAAACAAUCAGUUUCAAACGGCAAUUAAGUACUUUGAGCAAGCCUUGGAAAUUGCAAAAGAACAAAAAGAUCAAGAUCAGGAGACAACGGCAUACCUUAAAUUAGGACUUGUUUAUAGAUCGAACAAUCAGUUUCAAACGGCAAUUAAAUGCUAUAAGCAAGCGUUGGAAAUUGCAAAGCAACUGGAGAAUAAACACAAAGGAAAUAUUGCGAGGAAUGCAAUUGAGGAAUUGUCAAGAAUUGCAGGUAUGUUUAAGCAUUUGAAUGUACUGGUUGGUUAGGCAAUGGUUAUAUUAUUACAAAAAUAAAAUUUUGUGCAAGUUCAAAUUUUGUGCAAUUUAGCAAAAAUGUGUUCGGUUCAAGUGAGAACUUGAGAUAGUAACUCUCUACCCUACCCUGGAACAGGUCAGGGGAUUCCUGUUUCAGUGCAGCUGUAUCCUGCACUCAGGCGGUGCUGGCCAAGCUUGGAAACCUAAAACUGGACUGACAUCGGAAAACCACUUAAGGUGGCUCCCUACAAUUUUUGAAAUAUGACAAAAUCGUGAUUUAGAUUUAAUUUUUUGUAGAGAGGCCCUUGUUAGAAGACAAAAAUUGUACCACAUAUAUUGAGCUAUUUUCUAAGAGUUGAAAUUUUUUCAUAAAAAUGACGUCAUUAUCGUUGCUGAGUUGCUCUCUCGCUCAAACUAUUUUACUUUUUUACAAUAACAAUAUGCAAAUUAGGUAAAGGCAUGAAUUAAACAUGCGUGAAAGGCAUUGGUGCCAAAAAAUGAAAGUUUCAGCAGCUAUUUAAAUGACUUAAAAUUGAGCAUAUUUUCUGAUAUUUGGACCAUUAAUAAAACACAUAACAAGUUUCUUGCCCAUGACCUCAACAUUCGUUUUAAACUUUUAAAUUUCGCACGCAUUUUUUUGCUUAUUGUUAGUCUAUGUUCUAAGUAAAAUAAUGCACGAAAAAUAUUGGGGGUCACCGCGUUUAUUUUCCUACUACACAAAGUAAUAAGCUAUUUUAGGGCCAACUUCGUGCGCGUGUGUUGCCAUAGUAACGGACUAUGUGUUACCGAAAGUCCGAAACUGACAUAAUUUGAAAGAAGAAGUAUUAAAAAAGAUCGUACUGUUACGUGCUUCAUAAAACGUAAAAAUACGACAUUUAAAACAGUCAAACUGUUGUACACCUGGCGUUUUUGAAAAUUGUAUCGAGCCACCUUAACAAGCCUUUUCACUGCAAAGUGAGUGCGUUUUUAUUCUGUCCAAAAAAUAGACCGGUUCAUACAUAUAUAUAGUUCUAUAUACAAAUUAAUUUCACAUGCAUUAUACAGGGUGCAUCGGAAAAAGUAGACGGCAAUUUUGAAACGGCUCUCAAUUUCACAAAUCCGUCGAUGUUAUGAAAUUUUUGAUAAAUAUAAAAUGUUUGUAUAGGAGUGAGGAAACGAGUGGGUAAACGAGUGAAUUUUUCAAAGACGAUCAAAAUUACACGAGUCCGAAGGUCGAGUGCAAUUCGAAGUUUUUGAAAACUCACGAGUGUAUGUUUUCCCCAAAUUGUACUCGAAACCAUACUAAAUUCCACGAGAAACCGUACUAUUACUUAUGCAGACAUGAAAAACACUAUGCAGGUCACAUGCGAAAUAAAUCAUUUUAAUAUAAACAAUUUUAUUAGAAAAUUUUGUCACUCGUAAUGUUUGGGUUUUUAAAAUCAUUUUCACUUUUUGCACUGUAUUUCAUUUUUUGCACUGUAUUUCAUUUUUUGCACUGUAUUUCAUUUUUUGCACUGUAUUUCAUUUUUUGCACUGUAUUUCACUUUUUGGCACUGUAUUUCACUUUUUGGCACUGUAUUUCACUUUUUGGCACUGUAUUUCCAAAAAUUGCACUGCUCUUAGCCAAUCAGAAUUGAGAAAUUUUUUCAUGUUUAUUAUUAUGAUACUUAUAAUUUUCGUAAACUAUCGGAUAAGUUUUCCACAGCAGGGGGUGUCUUAUUUUUGCAACAUGCUAAAUUUACCUUAGUCUCAUAUUGUUAUUUUACUUAUUUUACAAUAAUAAUAUGCAAAUUAGGUAAAUGCAUGAAUUAAAAAAAGCAUUGGAUGGCAAAAAAUGAAAGUUUCAGCAGCUAUUUAAAGGACUUAAAAUUGAGUAAAUUUUCUGAUAUUUCCACCAUUAAUAAAACGCAAAAGGCGUUUUAAACUUGUACAUUUCGCACGCAAGCUAUUUUUAAUGCUGCUAAAAAAGACACACCACCCCAUAUCUGGAAAAUUUAUAUUUACGAUAUUUGCUUGCUUAUUCUACAUUAUAACUACCCAAACAAUCUAUAUUUAUAAACAAUUUCAUGACAUGAAUGGAUAUCCAUGAGGGACACGCCUCUACGUCAGACAAUAGAUGCGAUUCAUUUACACGAUAUUUUUUAUCUAGUUUAAAUAUCUUUUGAAUAUUUUUCUCAGGUGCCAUUGAAGACAAAAAGUCAGAAAACCUUGUCAUAUUUCAACAGAAAGAGCCAGUUAUUACAG